CUGGGUCCCUCCCCAGCCUCCUGGCUCCCGCGCCCAGCCUCGCUCGCCUUUGCCCUCUUGGCCCGGACUCCUCUUGGCCGCCGGAGAAAGCGCUGCCGUGCCGCUCUCCUUCUGGGCCGCCCGGAGCACCACUGAAGGCGGGGGACGCCUCCCCGCCGACCUUCUCCUGCUCGGGCUGCAUCGCAAGCCGCAGCCGGGAUGGGCUGAGCGGGGAAAGCAGGGCGGCGGAGGAGGAGGAGGAGAGGGACGAGAGAAGGAGAGAAGGCUGGCUGCCCGGCGGCGGGUGAGUGCCAGGGCGAAGAGACGGGAGGGCGGUGUCGGCGGUGGUGCAAUGCAACACUUCGCGGCUCCCGGCGCCUGCAGGGCUCGGCGGACAGGCUGAGGAAGGGCAGCCAGAGACGCAGGAGCGGCAGGAAGGGACUCCUUGGGACCCGGGAAGGCUGGAGGCAGCGCCUUUGCAGCAGCAGCAGCAGCAGCAGCAGGUGGACCUCGCAUCCGCAGCGCCGGGCAUGAGGCUCCUGGCCUUCCGACCGGGAGGAAUGUGACCUUCCCUCCCUCUCUCCUGCCCUGCCCUCCCCGACUGACCAUGUGGCUGCGGGAUGCCCGCUCGGCCCCCCGUUGGCGUGGCCCCCCGGUGGCGGCGUGGCUGGCGCUGGGCCUGGGCCUGUCCCUGCCGGGCGGAGGGGUGGUGUCGCUGGGCUGCCCCAAGGAGUGCGUCUGCGCCAGCAACAUCCUGAGCUGCUCCAAGGCCGGCCUGAAGGCCUUCCCGCCCCACCUGCCGCCCUACGUGUCCGUGCUGGACUUCAGCCACAACGAGCUGGGCCGCCUGAGGGCCGAGUGGACGCCCUCGCCGCUGCACCUGCUCCACUCGCUGCUCCUCAGCCACAACGGCCUGUCCUUCAUCUCCACCGAGGCCUUCUGCAACGUGCCCCGCCUCAAGUACUUGGACCUCUCCUCCAACGCUAUCAGCUCGCUGGGAGAGAACCUCUUCAGCAAGUUGGAAGAGCUGGAGGUGCUGCUCCUCUACGCCAACCGCAUCACCAAGAUCGACCGCACCGCCUUCGAGGAGAUGGGCAGCCUGCGGAGGCUGUACCUGAGCCAUAACAAGAUCUCCCGCUUCCCGCUGGAGCUGGUGAAAAAGGGGGAUGCCCAGCUGCCCGAGCUUGCCUUGCUGGACCUGUCUUCCAACGAGAUCAAGCACCUGUCGGUGAAGGAGGUCAACCGGCUCCCAGCCUGGGUGAAGAACGGCCUCUACGUCCACGGCAACCCCCUGGCCUGCCACUGCGAGCUCUACAACCUCUUCACCCACUGGAGGAAGCGGCAGCUCAGCUCCGCUGUGGACUUUGAGGAGGAGCUCAAGUGCUUCCACAAUGGGGAAGCCGUCCAGAUCUCCAGCCUCAGUGACCCGAGGCUGAUGAACUGCAGCGAAUUCAAAGAACAGGCCCUGGAGGUCCACCGUGGGGAAGAAGUUGUGAUCAACUGCGACACCCGGCAACGAGGGGUGGCCGUCAGGGAGUGGAUGACACCCAAGUUAGAGCGCGUUCCCCAGGAGGGGGAAAACAGCUCCAUUAGUGUGCUGGCCAAUGGGAGCCUUCAGAUCAAAAACAUCAGUGUGGACGAUAUGGGGCCCUACACCUGUUAUGCAGUGAGCCAGGUGUUCAACGAGACCCUCUGCGUGCAUGUCACUGUCCACAACUACUCCUUGCAUGGGAUCCCCGACACACUCAACACGGCCUACACUACCCUCGUGGGCUGUAUCCUGAGUGUCAUUCUGGUGCUCAUCUACCUUUACCUGACUCCGUGCCGAUGCUGGUGCCGCAACAGCGAGAAGCAGGCUGAGCAACAAGAGGACAGCAUCAAUUCCUCUGUCCUCAGCACCACUCCUAACCACAACGCUGAAGGGACCGGAGGCAAGGAAGGGUUAAAUCGGCACACAGGCAACGAGCAAGGCCAGAAUGGCAAAUGCAAGCCCAACAGCUCCCCCCAACAGGGCAUGAAAGGGGUCUCAAAGGGAGAGAGGAAACUGUCGGAUCCAGACUCUGUCAGCUCGGUCUUCUCAGAUACUCCCAUUGUGGGAGGCUCACAAAAUGAAGGCGGGAGAGGAGGCAGUAGAGACAAGGGAAAGGCUGAGUUGGUGGGGCUGCUGUGAUGAGUAGGACAGUGGAGCGAAAAAGAGUGGGACUAGACCCACGUCCUUCAGGCAUCAGAGUCAUACUUGGUCCACUCCUCCAUGAUACCAUAAUAGUCUUAACUGCUUUAGCCUGCUGCUGUCAAACCCAGUCUUGAAAACCUGACAUCCCAACUUGUUCUUGAAGUACAGACAUUAUGGAGCUCUCUUUUUUGCAGGGGUGGAGUGGGGGGGGGGGACGGGACUAAAUGAUUGUUUAGUUCUCCUGUGCUGGAAAUUUGCAGAUCUUCCACCUAGAGAAGCAGAGCACAGGGUCAACCAGCCAGUGCAUUUACUGGGUUCUCUCUAUCAGGAAACUUCCCCCUCAAGCCUUGCGUAGCAGAAGUGGUUGCGUCCUGUCUUGUCUUUAAAACCAAUGAUGUUAGUGUGGCAUAUGCUUUUGUAGGUGGCAGUCUGCUUCAUUGGGUGCAUGAAGUAGGCCUGAAACCACGCACAUUAAAUGAAGUUCAUCGCCGUAGUAGCUCUAGCCACAGCAGUAAUCCCAACCAGCCAUAGCACUGUGGGGAAAAUAUGUUCCUCUUUUAACUACUUAAGGAUUUUUUUAAAAAAAACAAACAAACAUGCUGCAUAUUUUUGGGGAUGGAAAAUGAAGGUUUCCACCAUACAAGGCUUCUCAGGAUACAGUUCAAAGCAUUUUCUUCCAGGCAGCCCGACCUGUUUUGGAAACCUAAAUCAUCCUUGAUGAUAGUGGUGGAGAAGAUCGAAAUCUACCAGGGCAAAGGGUAGUCCCUUUUCCAUAGAAAGCUUUGUAAAAGGGAGUUCAACUCAGAGAUUUUAAACUUCACAGCAUCAAAAAAGAGAGGAUAUAAUAUGUUGGGGGUUCUUGGAAUGCAAUUUUCCUGCUUAGACUGGAAAAUCCUGGUUGGACUGGAUGGUCCGCGAGAUCUCUUCCAGCUCUAUGAUUCCCCACUUUGCUUGAAUGAAAACUGUAGCAUGGCAUGGCCAAAUGCAGCUGUUUUAACUACUCAGCUCUUUGCUUGGCAGGCUUAUGAUAAAAUUUCCCAUUAUCCGUGACAUAUGUUGAGGGCAGAGCCAGGGUUGCAGCCCAGCAAUCCAUCCUUUCAGAACUAGAGAUAAGACAUCCAGAAUCAGGGCAGCAGCCCCAUCUUCCCUGAUAAAGUUCUCUAUAGGCCUAACUGUUUCAGGAGACCAAGUGUUCCACAGCCUUGAGCUCUUCUGGUGCGGAUGGGCAGCAAGAACAGUUCAGGACUGAUUGCGACUACAAUGGAACUCUAUCCCUCAUUUCAGCAACAAGGCAUAGGCAGCAUUUCUGGCAGAAGAGACACUUUCUGGGAUUAUUUGUGCUCCCUUCAAGCCUCACUUAAGACCCAUUCCAGUGUGUUUGGCUCUUUUUCCAGUAUUGUUUUUUGUUUUGCAUUCAUUCCUUCUUUGGCUUAUCUCUCAGUCCUUCUUAGAGAAUGGGAUUUAGAAGAGAGGGGAAAGAAACCAAGGACUAGUUUUCGGGACACCCUGUUGGCUUGUCUCCUUUUCCUCUAAUUCUGUGAGAGUCAAAGCCAAGCCAUGUACUGAUUUGCACCUGCUGCUUUCUUUGUGGGACAUUUGCAGCACAAACCCAUCUGAGCUGUUUUCAAGCAAGUGCAGGAGAAAGAUGUUGCACUUAUUUUCCCCAUAUUGAUUUUUCAAGUCCCAAGAGAAGGCAGGAUUCCAUCGGCUUGCCAACUCAGAAUGGUUCAUUCAAUACGGGUGGCCUUUGAAACAAUGGUGCCACUCAAAAGUUGUGCUAUUUGCAAAGAUUUCAGUUUUAUCUCAAUUCUGGCUCUGUUGUUGAUUCAAAUUAAGAUUAUCUUAUGCCUGCAGAGAAGAAUGGUCAGUAGAAGCAGGAUGUGUCAGGGUAGGUAGAUAAAUGACACAAUAAGCCAUAGAAUGUAUUGCACAAAGCUGCGAAUGGGUCCACACCAUUCUUGAUCCUAAAGAGCCAGAGCUCUAUGCUAUAUAGCCAUAGGAACCUUGCUUUACAGCCCUAAGGCUCUCUGUUGUCUCUCCACUAUAGGGAAACCCUCAAGAACUGUGCAGAGCCCAAAGUGGAAUACUACGCUGCCUCUUCAGCUGAAUCAGCUAGCUUAGGGACUUUGCCACUGUCUCGAGUGUAUUUUGUCAUUGUCCCUAGUACACUGUUGGGAAGAAGUCCUCUCAAAGAAGCAUGCAGUCAAAGACAAAGAUGCCUGAAAGCCACAUGAGGGGGAGAAGGGAAAAUUCAAUGCUUUAUUUCUAUUUGUUUAAGAAAUGAAAAGAAUGUAUUUA